GUAGCUGAGGAAUCUUAAAGCGUAAAAUAUAUGCUCUAUUAGACUGUCUUGGUCGUAGCCCAAUCUAUCCUUCAUGGAGUCUAAUGUCUUUAAAGUUGCGAAAUAAACAUACCUUCGGUACAUACUAUAGGUUCUCUCUAUUGCAUAAUCGGCCGAGCGUAUAUACAAAGAACUCGAGUAUAUAUUUAAUCCCAUAACCCCGGAAAUGUCUCGAUCUUCUUACCCCUUUAUAUACGCUUCCUGGCAAAAUACUGAAAGCACACCAAUCACCAAGCUCAAAUAGCACGCAUACCUCCUAAGCGACAUCUAAACAUCAAAUAAGCCAUCAUGAAGGGCUCAACUAUCUUCUUACAUAUAACCACAAUACUCGGCACUUCUCACGCCCUUGGCAUACAGAUGCCUAGGGAGGACAUGUCAAAAGCCCAAAAUGAUAAUCGAUACAUGUCUACAAUAUCCGCCGGGGAAAACGCCAGCCAUCAUCCAGGGGUAUUCGAAUUCAACCCUAUCAACGCUUCUGAGGCAGAUCCCCGCUUCGUCAUACCCGUGUCCCACUGGGGUUGCACACGCUCGAAGCUGAGGAGGGAUGAUAUGAAGGAGGCAAUCCAGCGCAUGAUCGACUGGAGCAAGGGAGGCGGUCGAGUUUGGGGCAGAAGCAUCCACAUAGAAUUGCAAGACCGUGCCGCCACUUUCUUGUGUAACUGUAAAGACCAAUACGUGGACAGCGCUCCGGAUUCCGAGAUGUGGGAGUUCUACCAGAGACUACGGGUUCACUGCGGCGAGGGCUGGAGUGGUUGGAUGUUUAGCAAGAAAUGGAACAAGGGGUUUGCGAUUGACACAAGGAACCAUGUUGCCAAUAGGCACCCUAAGAAGCUACUAUGCCCUCUUUUUUGCUGCAACUAGUUAGCUACUUGACUAGACGGUAGUAACGCAUGGGAAAAAAAGGGAGAUGAGAAGUGGAUUGUGUUGUAUAUUAGCAAUGGUCUUUCUCUUUCUCGUUAACUAUAAUGCGAUGAGUGGUAUAGCACAAUGAGGCCUAAACUCCGCCGCGUG